AUGCCACUGCAAUGCAUUAAAGAAAAAGGGACUCCACAAACUAAUUUUGUCCUCUCUGCGCCCAUUCGCCCACCUUCAGAUGGCGCCUCUGAUCCCUCUCUCUCUCUCUCAAGCUUGAUGCAAUGCGCCCUGCUUCUUCUUUUCCUGCGACAUCGCUGUGCCGAUCAGCGCCCCUCCCCUCAAAGCUUAACUCUGACGGGCACCAUUGCAAUUAUAAUCACCACCAAGCUUGGCUUGGGGCCGAGACUUUUAAUUCCAGACCUUGUUCGACUCGUCCAAUGUCUCCGUAGCUAUCCCGUCACUCGUCACCGCCAUUGGAGCUCUUCCGGCAUCGUCAUUGUCAACUCACUCCCGUCUCCCGUACAUCCCGUCAGGUCCUCUCCUCUUUCUCCUCUUUCACUCUCCAGUUUCGAAGCCGUACCAUAG